UAGAGGUUUAAAUAUCAAAAUUUUAUAAAUUCACCAGACAGUGUCGUUUUGAAUCAGAAAUUUGUCAUCAGAUUUUCUUAAAUUUUUAUUGAAAUUUUUUUUUUUUCAGCUGCUCUAUUUUUGUAGGCGAAUUGCAAUGGCCAACGAAAAUGCCAAAUCAGGGAUCGAGAAUGAGAUGCCUGUUUUUAUAGAGAAUGUGGAUGAGAAGGAGCAGGUGCGUCGAAUCAGCGCCUACCUUCAAAACCUUCGUGAUCGCCUAAGAGAGGGCAUCCGGCAGCACCAGGAGGUCGUCCAGUCGUCGGUGCAGCUGCUCAAGGAGGUGGGCGACGUAAACAACAUGAUGCAGUUAGCGAGGAGUGGCCACCAAGCCCAGGCCACCAAAAUCCGGCGCCUGAUCUUGGGUUUCGAGAGCGUCAAUGCGGCGAACGCUUCGCAGAUUUCUUCCGUGGCGGGUAUAAGUUUGCCCUCGAAUCUGACCGAGAUUCAUGGUCUUUUAGUUGAAUUCGAGCACCUCAAUGAGAGUCAAAUAUUGCGGGACAGCCUACUGAACUUUAAACGUGCUCGCGAAUCACUGGAGAAGGUGCUCGGCUUUCUGGAGAAGAUUAGCAAUGAAUCUCCUCGACCUUCUCCGCAAGCCAGCCAGUUGAUCAGGUGUCCUAGUGCCAAUCGCAGUCUUCGUGAAAAGAUUGAGGCAUUCAACAAGGUCUUGGAGGGUACACCCGAAAAGUUGGGCGACACCUGCCGCCACUUUACCGAUUGUUUCUGCAGCUGCUGCAGUUUUGACGAGUCCGCUGAAGCUGGAGGACACAAACCCCUUCCUGUCGCCUCAAAAACCAAUUCAGGAUACGAGGGCGACAUUGACAGCGAGGUGGAACAGGCGGAUAAGUCAAGCACCGAACUUGAAAUGGAGGUUGUCCCUUAAAAGAUUUGGCUGAUAAAGGAACCCAACUAAAAAAUAGGCACGGGAAAAAUCUGGGAUCAAAAUUGUAAUCGUUUUGAAGUACCAUAUUCAAUAACUACAUUAACAUUCAAAUUAUAUAACGAUUUAUGGAUAUUAAGGACGAUUAGGAAGAAAACUUAUAAAAGCAAGAUUCAUCGUGGACUACAUCCCCAAGUAUAGGCUUAGUUGGUAUAAGAAUGGUGUAGAUGAAUGUAGCCAAAAUCAAACGGCGCAAAUUGGUUAUAAAUUAUCGACACUAAAAUGCAUUAAAUAAAGCAUUUAUAAUUUAAAGCAAAA